CUUUCGCUCUUCUCUCCUGCACUCCGCAAUCCUCGCCUCACUUCCUCAACCCAUCAUCGACUUGUCCAUCGCCCAUCGCAGGCCGUCGCCCCCUGCCUCCCUCCACCGUCGCCCACCUCGUUCGAUCGCGACGAUAUCCCGCGCGCACCGGUCGAAGCCGACCGAAUUGCCAGCGGCCCCCGACGAUUGAGUUCUUUUUCUGAGCCCGGUCCAGCCCCCUCGCUGCAUGCAGCCUUGGCGUUGAUAUUGCCCCCGGCCACGACGGCGUCGCAGCGUUCUGCCCCGACACUCGCUGUGGUUUCGCUUCGCGCAGCCCAUGCUGCUGCAACACCGGCCAGCGUAAACGUCGACGGAUUAUUGUUCGACCUCUGGGCCUCCAGCGGCCCUUGAACAUACCGUCGAAAUGGCCAUCGUAAAUCAGGUUCUGCACCAUGCGGUCGCCCUCGUCGCGAGGGAGGUGGCCUCAACCACCCUGGCCGAGACACCAACGCCGACCUCGUCAGGCGUCCAGAGCCCGCAGACUUCGAAGCCGACCGGCACGAACCAGAGUAACGAUAAUAACAACAAUAACGGCGGAUCGAGUUCGCCACUUCUGUUUUUCGUUGCUCUUGGUUUCGGUGUCGUCUUUACCAAUCUCUGGAUCAUCGUCGGUGUCAAGUACUGCUUCCGAUACAACGCUCGCAACCGCGCCAGAAUGACCAAUGAAGAUGGCGAGCCUAUCAAUCUCGAGACCGUUCAACGACCCCAUCGGCGGCGUCGCGAAAAGAAAUUGAUGACGAUGGACGAGGUUAACGAGAAGUUCCCAAUGAUGAAGUACAAGAGUUGGGUUUCUGAGCGUGCCAGAGAGGGGCUGCCAACUGCGGGCGGAGUGUCUGUCCCGGCCAGCAGGGCAAACAGCAUUCGCGACGCUGACGGCAUCGUCCCCGACUUGGCUGCCAAAGACCGGCACUCGAUCGAUGAGCCUCGACUCUCCAGUGAAGCCGCCGACCGCGCCCAGACAACGCAGACUACGGCGGAGACGACUGUCAAGAAGGAAGUCGAGAAGCCGAAGUCCGAUAACCAACAGACAGCCGACGCCGGCCAAACAUCCGGCACCCAGGAUGUCGCUGCCCCAACCCCGCCAGGGCUCCAACGCAUAUCGAGCGAGGAUAUGGACGACGACGAGCACAUUGACGCUGCUCUCCCCCCCGAAUGCCUCUCCGCUCCUGGCGAUUCUUGUGCUAUUUGCAUUGAUACCCUUGAAGACGACGAUGAUGUGCGAGGGCUCACUUGCGGCCACGCCUUCCACGCCGUCUGCGUCGAUCCAUGGCUCACCAGUCGCCGUGCGUGCUGUCCGCUCUGCAAGGCUGACUACUACACCCCGAAGCCGCGACCAAAUCAAGAAGCCGACGCGAACGCCCCCAACAACAAUACUCUCGAUCCGCGGAGCAACUCGCGCCUCAACCUACCAAGUGGCCUGCGGGCUGCCUGGUUUCGCGGCUCAAAUUCAAACUCCAACUCACGGACUGGCUCAUCGCUAUUGCGUACCGGCGGGAGCUCGCGGCCACGCCGUGCCAAUCGCGAGCAGACCUCGAGAUCUGAUCAGCAAGAGUCUGCUACCGGCCCUGACACGGCAUCGCACCCGGCGAACGGGGGCAUGCUCUCGUCCGUUAGACAUGCCUUGCGAUUUGGUCGCCGGAAUAACGAGCAGACGGCUGCUUCGAACUCGGAAUCGACUGCCAACGAGACAGUUACCCCUUCGCAACUCGAAUCAGGAAAUCGGCCGGCGGCGACGCCAGCACACUGAUGUUUUACUCGAAAGCGAGGCGUUGAGUUCAACGUACGGGAAGCGUCAUGAACACAAGACGGUGUUUUUACGGCUCCCGGAUAUUCCUCUUUUCAUGAACUUCUGUCACUAGCGAUGGUGUUCUCUCCUUUCGCCCAGCCACGAGCUUGGGCGGUACCGUCAUCACGAAGCCGAUGUUGAUACAUGCCGUCGUGUUAAACACGGCGGCCCUGCAUUUUUUUUGAUGCUUUUUCCUGCUGCCGAGAACGUUGUAUCGCAGCCGUUCGAUUCCUGGCGUACAGCCAGGCUGGAUUGCCUGAAACUUCGAGAACCAUGUAUAUGUACGACCAGUCAGAGUACAUGCUUGCGGCUGUUUCUCCAGUGCUCGUUGGGCACAUAACCAGGGCCCAGCCCCGAGUUGGAUCGGCCUGGGCUCCAGAGAACUAGGGUUGUCUCUAUCCUCGCCCGACUGGGGCAGGUUCUUGUAAGGCGACUUUCCUGGAAUGGUGUUGUUUUAUCUGCAUGAGGAUGAUGGGAAUUGCCUGCGGGAGUGGGACUGAUAUGGGACUGGGAAAUUUUGCUUUGGAGCGGAGGAGUUAGGCGGCUAUGGUGGCAUCUCUUACGGUUGCCAAAAUGAUUUUAAGAUGCGAAGAGAACCAUGUCUCGAUGCGGCUAUGCAAAUAUUUUUGUCACCUGCGAUUGUGACCACUGUGACUCGGGUGAGGCAAGGGUUCCUUCUUACGCCAACCAGACGAACCAUUGCAUCUGUUAGAGAUACGAGCCCUUUUGGAAGC